CCGGGCCGCUGGGGCCCCGCGCUCGGGGUUCUGCGGGCCUUGCCGGCUCGCCCUUUAUGUAAAUAGUGGCGGCUCCGCCUCCUGCUCGCCGCGCUGGAGGUGAGCAGGAAGGAGACGGCCGCCCAGCAACCCGUGGGCCGGCGGCGGAGUGAGCAGAGCCAGCGGCUGGCGCCGAGGGAGUCGGAGGCCUCGGCGGGGGCCGGCCUGGGGUUCCAGAGGGCUGGAUACAAAGCAAGAUGAGGCGGUUUCUGAGGCCCGGACACGACCCUGCGCGGGAGAGACUUAAGCGGGACCUCUUCCAGUUUAACAAGACAGUGGAGCAUGGCUUCCCGCACCAGCCCAGCGCCCUCGGCUACAGCCCCUCUCUGCGCAUCCUGGCCAUCGGCACCCGCUCCGGAGCUGUCAAGCUCUAUGGUGCCCCAGGGGUGGAGUUCAUGGGGCUGCACCGGGAGAACAACGCUGUAGUACAGAUCUACUUCCUGCCUGGCCAGUGCCAGCUGAUCACCCUGCUGGAUGACAACAGCCUGCACCUAUGGAGCCUAAAGAUCAAAGGCGGGGUGUCAGAGCUGCAGGAAGAAGAGAGUUUCACGCUGCGUGGCCCCCCAGGGGCUGCCCCCAGUGCUACACAGAUCACCGUGGUCCUACCACAUUCCUCCCGUGAGCUGCUUUACCUGGGCACCGAGAGUGGCACCGUGUUUGUGGUACAAGUGCCAGCCUUCCGCACGCUGGAGGACAAGACUGUCAGCUCGGACGCCGUAUUGCAGCGGUUGCCAGAGGAGGCCCGCCAGCGGCGCGUGUUUGAAAUGGUGGAGGCUCUGCAGGAACAUCCUCGGGAUCCCAACCAGGUCCUCAUUGGCUACAGCCGGGGCCUUACCGUCGUCUGGGACCUGCGGGGCAGCCGCGUGCUCUGCUAUUUCCUCAGCAGCCAGCAAUUGGAGAACGUCUGCUGGCAGCGGGAUGGCCGUCUGAUUGUCAGCUGCCAUUCGGACGGCAGUUAUUGCCAGUGGCCCGUAUCCACUGACACCCAGCGACUGGAGCCCUUGCGCAGCUGCGAGCCUUACGGUCCCUUUCCUUGCAAAGCUAUUACCAAAAUCUUCUGGCUGACCACCAAGCAGGGGUUGCCCUUCACCAUCUUCCAGGGCGGCAUGCCUCGGGCCAGCUAUGGGGACCGCCACUGCAUCUCGGUGGUUCACAACGGCCAGCAGACAGCCUUUGACUUCACUUCCCGGGUCAUCGACUUUACUGUCCUCACCGAGGUGGACCCUGCAGCGGCCUUUGAUGACCCCUAUGCCCUGGUGGUGCUGGCCGAGGAGGAGCUGGUGGUGAUUGACCUACAGACAGCAGGUUGGCCGCCAGUGCAGCCGCCCUACCUGGCAUCCCUGCACUGCUCCGCCAUCACCUGCUCCCACCACGUCUCCAACAUCCCUCUGAAGCUGUGGGAGAGGAUCAUUGCUGCUGGCAGCCGGCAGAACACGCACUCCUCCACCAUGGAGUGGCCCAUUAAUGGUGGCACCAGCCUGGCCCCUGCCCCACCCCAGAGGGACCUGCUGCUCACAGGGCAUGAGGACGGCACCGUGCGGUUCUGGGACGCCUCAGGCGUCUGCUUGCGGCUGCUCUACAAACUCAGCACGGUCCAGGUGUUCAUCACCGACACAGACCCCAACGAGAAUCUCAAUGCCCAGGGUGAGGACGAGUGGCCCCCGCUCCGCAAGGUGGGCUCCUUUGACCCUUACAGUGACGACCCUCGGCUGGGCAUCCAGAAGAUUUUCCUCUGCAAAUACAGUGGCUACCUGGCUGUGGCAGGCACGGCAGGGCAGGUGCUGGUGCUGGAGCUGAAUGACGAGGAGGCGGAGCAUGGCGUGGAGCAGGUGGAGGCCGACCUGCUGCAGGACCAGGAGGGCUACCGCUGGAAAGGGCACGAGCGCCUGUGCGCCCGCCCAGGACCUGUGUGUUUCGAGCCCGGCUUCCAGCCCUUUGUGUUGGUGCAGUGCCAGCCCCCGGCUGUGGUCACGUCCUUGGCUCUGCACUCUGAGUGGCGGCUCGUGGCCUUCGGCACCAGCCACGGCUUUGGCCUCUUUGACCACCAGCAGCGGCGGCAGGUCUUUGUCAAGUGCACGCUGCACCCCAGCGACCAGCUAGCCUUAGAGGGCCCACUGUCCCGAGUGAAGUCUCUAAAGAAGUCCCUGCGCCAGUCCUUCCGCCGGAUGCGUCGCAGCCGGGUGUCCAGCCGGAAGCAGCGGCCAGCUGGCCACCCGGGAGAGAUGCAGGAGGGGCGUGCCCGGGCAGAGCGGACAGGCCUGCAGAACAUGGAGCUGGCGCCCGUGCAACGGAAGAUCGAGGCCCGCUCGGCGGAGGACUCCUUCACGGGCUUCGUCCGGACUCUCUACUUCGCUGACACCUACCUGAGGGACAGCUCCCGCCACUGCCCCUCGCUGUGGGCUGGCACCAAUGGGGGUACCGUCUAUGCCUUUGCCCUGCGUGUGCCCCCUGCCGAACGGAGAAUGGACGAACCGGUGCGGGCCGAGCAGACCAAGGAGAUCCAGCUGAUGCACCGAGCACCCGUGGUGGGCAUCCUGGUGCUGGAUGGACACAGCGUGCCCCUUCCCGAGCCCCUGGAAGUCGCACAUGACCUGUCAAAGAGCCCAGACAUGCAGGGCAGCCACCAGCUGCUCGUUGUGUCAGAGGAGCAGUUCAAGGUGUUCACGCUGCCCAAGGUGAGUGCCAAGCUGAAGCUGAAGUUGACCGCCCUGGAGGGCUCACGGGUCCGGCGGGUCAGCGUAGCCCACUUCGGCAGCUGUCGAGCUGAGGACUACGGGGAGCAUCACCUGGCCGUCCUCACCAACCUGGGCGACAUCCAGGUUGUUUCGCUGCCCCUACUCAAGCCCCAGGUGCGUUACAGCUGUAUCCGCCGUGAGGACGUCAGCGGCAUCGCCUCCUGCGUCUUCACCAAAUACGGCCAAGGGUUCUACCUGAUCUCACCCUCGGAGUUUGAACGUUUCUCUCUCUCCACCAAAUGGCUGGUGGAGCCCCGGUGUCUGGUGGAUUCAACAGAAACUAAGAACCACAGCCGCCCCCGCAAUGGAUCAGGCCCUGAGAAGGCCUUGGGCCGAGCCAGGAACUCAGGGAGCCAGAGUGAUGGAGAGGACAGGAGGCCUGGCCCCGUGAUGGAGCACGCUCUGCUCAAUGACGAGAGGGUCCUGAAGGAAAUCCAGAGCACGCUGGAGGGAGACCGAGGGAGCUAUGGCAAUUGGCGAUCUCAGCAAGUGGUCAUGAGGUACAGCCUCAGCAAUGGGGGAGGAUGCAGCUGAGUUGCUGUCACUCUACCUCAUUCCGCAGCAGAGUGAGCGGGCCACACGUCCAGGCUGCGCGAUGAAUACACUACUGGAGGGCUCUUCCUCGGGGCCCCGGCCCACCUGGAAGGGCCCCUGCCCUGGGCUGGGCUAGGGGCUGGCGGCACCCCAGCUUCCACCCCACUGCUGCUCCUGGCCUGGGGAGAGGAGGGACCCAGGCCGUGGGACUGCCCCUCCCCAGGCCUUGUCUGUCUCCUUCCUUUUGUCAAUGUUGCACAGUUUUUAUUAUUCUCCCCCUUUUUGUAGUGGGCUGAGUUUUAAAUUAUAAAUUUUAACUGCCUCUGGGUGAAAAAGAGUUUUUAAUAAAUAAUAAGGUACCUUAUUACCUCUUCACUGGUUCAACGACUUUAGUUUUGUAACUGUGCAGAAAUGUUCCACGUCAAUGGAAAUGAUCGUUAGCUGGUUCCUUGUCUUUGCCCCGGGGUUCGUCCCCUGGACCAGACUGGUGCUCAGGAGAAUCCGCCCCUUAAGCCAUUUGAAUCAGAGCAAACUGUACCUGGUUGUGUCUGAUCACUACGACACCUUCUGUCUUUGGGAAUAAAUGGCAGGAGUUAACCGUC